AUGAAAAUGAUUAUCCAAGUCUUGUGCUUCUCUCUCUUAGUCACCUUCUACAAAUGUGCCGUGAUCACUGGGGCCUGUGAGAGGGAUCUCCAGUGUGGAGGUGGGACAUGCUGUGCUAUUAGCUUGUGGCUCCGUGGGCUCCGGAUGUGCACUCCUCUAGGGCAAGAGGGAGAUGAAUGCCACCCCAUCAGUCACAAGGUCCCAUUCUUUGGAAAACGACAACAUCAUACCUGCCCAUGUUUGCCAAAUUACAUAUGUUCCAAAUUCAUCGAUGGCCGAUACCGAUGUUCGGUUGACUUCAAGAACAUCGACUUUUAA